GUGAAAGAUCAAGACAAGAGUAAUCUACGAUUUUGAUUGGUUUUCUUCUGACUCUCUUAACACUUUUAUUUUUUAUUUUUCCUCUGUUAGUUAUUAGAAAGAGAAAGAAGAACGUGUAGGUGUUUGUGUUUGUAUGUGUGUUGUGUUUUAUAUCUAGAGACUAUUGAGAGAACAGAAUCACAGAUAUUACAAUUAUAUAAAGACCAGAGAGUGAGAAGGAGAAGGAGAAACCCCAUUUCCUAUCUGGUUCCAGAUUCCAUUCUAAUUCUCUAUUGCUUUCUUGUAGCUUAAUAGAAAGGAACCUCAUACAAUGAAUGGAAUGUCAUCCCAAUGUAGUAGUAGUAGAUGUGAAUCAGGUUGGACUAUGUAUUUAGAUCACUCAGUUUCUCAAAAUCAUGGCAAAAGAAGUGGUGGGUUUUUCAAUGGAGGUAAUUUUUUCAGUGAGAAAUACAAUGCUAUGGAAGAAGCAGAAGAACCAGAAGCAGCAGCUGAAGAAGAAGAAGAAGAAGAAGAUUUGUCUAUGGUUUCUGAUGCGUCUUCUGGUCCACCACAUUUUCAUGAAGAUGAAGACUAUUGUGAUGAUGAAAACGGGUGUUCUUGUUUUACUUCUUCAGCUACUGCAUUGGCAAAGAAAAAUAGCAAAAGACAGAAAACUAAAGACCAACAUCAACAGCAACAGUAUCAUCCUUCUCUUCUUGAUGACACUGCUAGCUCUCCUCUAUUCAGCUUUUCCAAUAUCAAUAACCAGAAAGCUACAAUGGAGAAUGUUUUAGAUUUCUCACAAGGUUUCUCUGCAACACAUUUUAAGGGAAGAUCUUCAUUUCAGAAGCAUUUUGAUUUUCUGGAUUCUUCUCUUCCUGGACCCAAAUUUACCAAAACCAGUGGCUUCCAAGGAAGUAAAUGGGAAUGAGAUUUAUGAUUCCCACAUCAAUCCAUCUUCUCUAAUGUCUGCUUAUGUUCAAAAGAUGUGAAGAGAAGACUAGUAUAAAAGAAAAAGGAGAUGUAAAGAUGAAAAGGAAAAUUCUUCUCUUUAAUUUUUAUUUUCUACCUUGUCAUUGCUGUGGGACACAACCUGAAAGCAAAAGAAGAAAAUAAAAAAUCUCACUUCUCUU